AUGGAUAACGGAGCUCUGACCGGCGACGCCACCAUAGCGGCUCACCAAACCACAGAGAAUGAUGGCGGAGGAAAUCGUGGCGAUCACCAGUUUUCUGACCAAGACGCUACAUCUUUAAUCAGCCCAGGUCACCAGGUCGCGCCAAAGAAGAAGAAGAGGUCCAGAGGCAAGAAAUCCACCGCCCUGCGAGGCGAAACUGCACUACCGCGAAAUCGCGGGACGGGAUUUGAAGAGUACUUUGCUGAUCCGCCAAUGACGCCGGACGAAGCCGCCGAAGAGAAGCUCGAAAUAUAUGCAGAUUGCCUCCCUUUUGAAGAACGAAUUCAGUCUUGUAUCCGGCGCUUUCGGGCACGUCGACGCCUGCAGGGAGACCAAGUUCUCUAUUUUGACGAAUACCUCUUCCUCGGCGGUAUUGACACCCGCGGUAAUGCCUUCUCGGGACUUGACACCAGCGACCUGAAAGACCUCACACCCGCGCAGCGUCGCGAGGCGACAGUUUCAGACACGGUCAAUGGAGCCUGCGGCGGCGACAAUCGAUUCUACAAUGGAGACGACGAGCACUGGUCUAUCGAUUUUUCCGGUGUGGCAGCCGGUUUGUUUUCUACAUCGCUGGGCCCGUUGACAGGUUUUGAGCCAGAGAGGACCGAGUGCUUCAUCUCCCUUGUAGAAAACUUUCUACGAUACGUCUUGCUGCACGAAGUUUGUCCCGAGUACAAAGACGACGUCGAGUCCGCCUUGCAGAUUUGCGGCCAGGCACGACAAGAGUGGCCGGCUGUGAAUAGGCUCAUGGGUGGAUUGCCCGGGUGCUUCAACCUUGCUGCCACCGAGUUAUUCUCUUCCGUGGCGGCUAGCGACUGGUCAUUUCAGUCAUUCUCUCGACCUGCUGAUUUCGACCCCAAGACUGUGUUUCUUGCCGUCUGUGCAUUGUCUAACGAGGCGUUCACUCUGGAUCACUUCGUCCAAGGCCGUGUUGAGGAGGUCGAAAAGCAGUGCCACACCUUGGAAGUUGUCAGGGUUGAACGACCCUCCCCAUCGGUUUUGGACAAGUUUGCUGCUCUUCGAAUCGAAGGCAUCGACUGUAAAAUUGAACCGGUGGGUAAAGUUUUCUUCAAACAAGCAAUGAUUGAAGAUGACUGGGAGACGCCGAAUACCCCCAUCUCGUCCCAGGGCACCACGAACACGUGGGUUUACCUCGAAGACUCGCUUCUUGCAAACGUUUUGACCGGGAUGAAAAUGGACAUGACCAUUGUUGAGUUAAACACUGGGAUUCGGUUCAUCAAGACUAUUCAGCGCAUUGUGCCAUCGUUCUAUACGUUCUUGCCCCAGCAAAUGAUGAGGCAUUACAAACCGCCUCGAGAUGAUGAUCGACCAGCACCGUCAGUUGAUAACCCAGGGGCAGAAGAAAGACCAUUUGCGGAGUGA